GAAGUCCUCCUUCCCCUCACCUCUACCUUCGUUCCUCUCCUCCCUCCCCCUUUCCUACUUCGUCGAGACUCCCUUCCUCCCCCUCUCAAGAGUAGAAGCCAGCAACAAUGCCCGGUGGCGCCGUACCUGCCUUUACCGGCACCAGCUCGGGGCCAGUCAUUAAGCCCAAGUCGGCUCGCGAGACGGUGCCUGCCAUUGCCGUCGCCGCCUUUGCUGCCUUUGGUGGUAUUCUUUUCGGAUACGACACUGGCACGAUCUCCGGUGUCAUUGCCGCCGACGAGUUCAGGAAGGACUUCGGUACCUACUACCCAUACAACCGGCCCGACAAUGAUCUCACAAUCAACCCUCCCAAGGCUGGCUAUGCGCUCGACACGGCGACCAAGUCGCUCUUCGUCUCGAUUCUCUCGGCCGGUACCUUCUUCGGUGCCCUGGCCGGUGCGCCCCUUGCCGACAUUCUCGGUCGCCGGUGGGGUCUCCAGGUCGCCAUGGUCGUCUUCUGCCUCGGUGUUGCGCUCCAGGUCGGCACCGCCCCUCACCAGGACGCCCUCUUCGUCGUUGGUCGUGUCUUCGCUGGUCUCGGUGUCGGUAUUGUUUCCUCGAUUGUGCCCAUGUACCAGUCUGAGACUGCUCCCCGAUGGAUUCGUGGCGCCGUCGUCUCGGGCUACCAGUGGGCCAUCACCAUCGGCCUCCUGAUUGCCGCCAUCGUCAACAACUCGACCAACGGACGCAGCGACACGGGCUCCUACCGCAUCCCCAUCGCCGUCCAGUUUGCCUUUGCCAUCAUCAUGUCCGUCGGCCUCUUCUUCCUGCCCGAGUCGCCCCGCUGGUACGUCAAGAAGGGCAAGCCAGAGAUGGCCGCCAAGUCGCUCGCCUUCCUCAACUCGACCGACGUCGAUGACCCCGUCGUCCGCUCUGAGCUCGCCGACAUCCAGACGAACCUCGACACCGAGCUGACCUACGGCACCGGCUCGUACCGCGACUGCUUCCGCAACAACGACCGCAAGUACCUCUACCGCACCCUCACCGGCACCUGGCUCCAGGCCUGGCAACAGCUCACCGGAAUUAACUUUAUCUUUUACUACGGAACUACGUUCUUCCAGUCGACUGGCCAAAGCGACCCCUUCGUCUUCACCGUCAUCUCGAACGUCGUCAACGUCGUCACCACGGUGCCGGGUAUGUUCAUGAUGGAGCGCGUCGGAAGGAGGAAGCUUUUGAUCUGGGGCGCCCUCUGGAUGUUCCUCUGCGAGCUUAUCGUCGCCAUCCUCGGUACGACUGCGUCGACGGGCAACCAUGGCGCGCAGAAGGCCCUCGUCGCCCUCGUCUGCCUCUACGUCGCCGGUUUCGCCUCGACCUGGGGUCCUGCUGCCUGGGUCGUCUGCGGUGAGAUCUUCCCGCUGGCCAUCCGUGCCAAGGCUCUCUCGCUCUGCACGGCUUCCAACUGGCUCUGGAACUUCGGCAUUGGCUACGCCACGCCCUACCUCGUCGACACGGGCGCCGGCAAGGCUGGUCUCCAGACCAAGGUCUUCUUCAUCUGGGCGGGCACCUGCUUCUGCUGCGCCAUCUUCGCCUACUUCUGCAUCGUUGAGACUGCUGGCCUGUCGCUCGAGGAGGUUGAUGAGCUCUACUCGCAGGUCACCCCCCGCCAGUCUGGCCGCGCCAACCGGGAGCUGAGGGCGAACCGCAGCGACCUCGAGACCAACGCCUUCACGGGCGCCCCUGUCCUGAUGAAGGAGGACGAGGAGGUCUCUGCCGACUACGUCAAGGAGGACAUGGUCAAGACUGCCCAGGCCGACGCUUAAACCUGCGUCCCUCCCCUCAUCCCUUGCCCUUAGGCAACCCUUUUCGCUUCUUCUCUUUUUUAUUAGUAGCAGUUGGUAUUAGUCGCGUCAUCAUCAUCCCCAGCCUCGCUCUGCUUUCACCCUUGUUUAUUUGCCAUUUGCCAUACACAUCAUUGUCCUUUAACGAUAAAACGGCUUCUUACGUAACAGUCAAACGAUAUCAGAAAUGAGACAAAAGAGUCCCUCUAGAAAUG